UCGCCGGACCGCCGCAAAAAAAGAUCAUUAUGGAGUUCUCCAGCCGCCUGUGAGUCACGCAGUACGCUCUAAUCCCGAGGCGAUUCAAUGAGCGUGAAAAUCAUCUUAUCUGAAACAGGAAGACGACACGCAAGGAAGGAAGGCAUCCUCGAAGCCGAUCAAGAAGAAUCCCUAAAAUCAGAGCAGCGAGGUUUCCGGAAGUCCCGGUCGAGAGACACGUCUGAUACAGAUGCAACUGAGGACCUCACGCGCGUUCGACACACUCGAUGGCAACGAAGAAAAGGAGACGAUGGAGACGCAGGGUGACGGCGACGAAGACAACGACGAAGACUUGGAGGCGAGUGCGGACGCACGACGGAACGGGACGGCGCCGCCGGCCAACGGAAGAGGCGACGGUGAAGAGGGGGAUUAGCGGACGCGCACCUAUGCCGACACGGAACUCGGAAGAGCGGCGCACUCGGUGGCAUUCGCCUGCGAGCCGCUGCGCCGUGCGGUCGCGUUCUCCCCUCGGUUGAACUGACGGCGUGUGCCAAGCAAGCCAGCCGGCUCUCCGACGUGUCAUCAUCAUCCCCUCGCGCAAAGGAUCGGCGAUCCGCACGCACGAGCCGGGAGAAUACUACGUCACGCUCCUCUCUCUCCCUCGGCUGACGUUAGAAAAAGAAAGAAAACGAGAGAAAAGUGAGGGAGCGAGUCUCCGAGUCGAGGGAAGCAAUUUCCAGUCGACAGUCGUCGCCCUCGUCGUCAUCGUCGUGAUUAUCAUUGCAGACGUCAUUCCGUUAUCGGGGGAAACCGGCGUGACGCUGCCGCUCGUCGCCGGUCGGGAACACGGAACGGUACCUCGCUCCUGCACGGUGAAAUUAGCGUGGAAAGUGCCUGCACGCUCCGUUUCGCCUCGCGAGGAAUAGAGGAAAGAGGGAGGAGAAGAAGAGAAACGGAAAGGAGGAACAGGAAGCCGACCGAACACGCGAGAGCUCGUGGACCGGAGCUUCCUUUUCGGGCCCGCGAGACCCUUCGCCCUCACAUAUAUAUCGCUCGCGUAUCUCGCGGAACAUCUUGCGAUUAUCCAAUUGCUUCUCCAGCUUCUCAAGCCGAGUGGCCGAGGCUGAAACCGAGAAACAGUGAGAGUUAAUAAGUGGUGACCGUGACAGCUGCGGAAACACUUCCGGCGAGAAUGGAGCCGACGAGGAUCCUGCUGCUGAUCGUCCUUCUGGGUGCCGCCAGCUGUCAGAAUGGCACCGCGAUGACGACCGAGUUCAUUCAAGGUUACAACCCCCAGUACAUGGUGGGCUGUUACUUCCCUGCGGAAUUCCAGGGCGAAUUCGUGAUGCAGGUGAGCGGAAAGGGCGCCGGAGGCAUGACGAACGAGCCCAUUCAGUAUUCCACCAUUAACAUCACCUUCAACUCGAUACCGGUGUGGGGCUUCUGCCACAGGAGGGUCGGCGAUAAUGUGCUGCUAAUAGACAGGUAUGGCGACAAGGACUGCAUACGGUGUUUCCGGUUGCUGCGGAGGUCGCGGAACGUCAUCGAGGUGUUCUCCGAACCUCUUAACAAGUGUUACAUAUACAAGUCAGCCGCCUUGGCCUCCUGCGACACACUGAACUCCAACGCGAUCCUGUACCGAACGAAAGAAAUCGGCGGUAUGCCUAUCCGGAACGAGUACUGCCCGAUCGUCGGUCUGUAUCACUUCAAGUACAGCAUCAACAAUGGUUCCGGAACAUCGUUGGAAUGCAAUACGUUCUCCUCCGACUUCAAUAAUUGUCCGGACGGAUCGAUCUUACAUCUCAACUUCAAACGCUGCAACUUCGAAACGCGCGAUCUCAAAUACAAUUGCUUGGGCAGUUGGCCUGGGCCCAACGGUUCUAAUUAUCUUGCCCUUUGGGACAGCAACGCCGACGAUGGCCGGCCGCGGUACAGAUGCGGGUUGUUCCACAUUGAUAACAAAAAAGGAAAAACCUACAUGGCAUUCAGCAACGAUUCGAGCUGCACGCAGAACUUGGACAAUUCGACAAGUGGAUACGAGACUCUGAUCCUGACCAAAAGCCUGAAUCAAAAGAAGGUGCCGGAUUACGUGAAGACUCACGUUGCCACAUUCCCAAAGUGGGCGCAAGGGGUGUGGGAGGAGUCCCUAAUAGUUAAUGGAACGAUGACUUUCACCGAUCUCAACGGCUACAAUAGUUAUACCUUCAUCACGGUAGAAUCGAACGAGGAAACCGGCCGCUACAUCGUGUACUCGAGGGACCAAUGUGAACAGGCCGCGUUUGUCUGCUUAAUGAUGAGGCAGCGCAGUGAAAAUGUACUGGAAUUUACGAUAGGGAUGGUCCUGAGCCCAGUUUACCAGAACUAUUUGUGCGAUGAUACCAAUCUGGACAAACCGGUGUGGAUGACUCAAGCACGCAUCGAACGCGUGGUGGAGUCACCCUGUCCAAUUACGGGUCAGUACACGGGAAUGAUAACGGAUCUGUCGGGGAUGUGCGCUGAAUUGAGCAGCAACUGCGACACCCGGGAGAUAAUGUAUUUCAAAGUGAGCGACUGCGAAUCCGGCGAGAUGUACGAAGAACGAACGUAUCUGUGCUUGGGGCAAUGGGAGGAGAAAGGCGUGAUGUAUACCUACACCAUGAGAAACGACACUCGCACGAACGAGUGCUUCGUCGGCCUGAUCGUGAACGAUGAAGAGAUAUACAUCAAGGAAGCCGGCGAUCAUUGCAUACGAAAUAUAGAUCCCAAAACGCAGGGUAUGCGUCUCUACAAAAAGGGACAAUGUUACGGCGACUCUGCGAGUCCAGCGCCAACUCCGAUGAAACCGAUCCCACACGAUCCAAUAAUGAGGAUCACGACGACUCCAUGGUCGAGGAUAUCAGGACCCACCCAAGUGCCAGGAAACACGGUUUCUUCAGCUCCUUGCAGAUCGAGAAGAUCCACGAGUCUCGCAUUCGUCAUGACUGUCCUCGUUGCCUUUUUCGUAGCAGCUUCGUCGUACACGCUCGAAUAAUGAUACCGUUCUUCCGAUUUGAUAGUAAGCUAGUUAAUGAAUACUGGUACGUGAAUACUUCGAUGCACACGUUGCUGCAUUUUUGUUAUCCUUGUCUGGCGGACAACCGAGACGUAGGUAGACCGGUUAUUUAUUGCGAAGAUCGACUUCGAGAGGGUAUUGUAAAAAGUGUAGAAAAAUUUGUAUACCGUAUUUUUUCAUCUCGCACGUAACUCCGCGCGCCCACAUGCCGUUUUUGCAAAACCGUGCUUUAUCGUAAAACUAUACAAAAUCGAGAGAGUUCGCUGCUUCGUCCCCAGCGAACUGCGAGACGCACAGGGAAACCUUGCAAGAAGGAAAAGAAUUUAGUUGCAAAUAUUUUCAUAGUGUUUGAUGAGACGCAUAAAAUGUGUAGGUUUAUUAUAUAAUAUUACGAAUCGUGUCUUUGCCAAUGGUACAGCGAUUGACCGUUGCUUUCUACAGUGAAUUUCAUUGCUAUUUAUUUAAGUAGUUUCAAUAGAUAGACGCGUUAGAUUUCGACAGUCACGUUUAUGCACUGCCUUGUAAGAUACAGAGGUUUUACUCGAGACUGUCAUUAAGAAAAUCCAAAGAGCCACUGCCCCACACGCAGAUACAUAUAGCAAGUUUGUUAAGAAACAUCAUAAAGUAGAAAUCCUACAUGAAAGUGCAAAAAGAUUGUCAGUACUAUAUAUUUUACAAUUUUAUACCAAUAAAUUCACUCCACUUCGGCCUAAAAGAGGUGCAUUCUAAUUGAAGGCGAAUUCUAAUAAUUAAAAGAUAUUUUAAAUUUUUUAUAAAAGAAUUUGGUAUAAUAUAUACGAUUUUUAAAAAAUUUAUAAAAAAACAUGUUUUUAAUUUAAUUUUAGUUUAGAGCAAGAUCAAGCCUCUUAUCUAAAAUCGAAUAGUGAUAUAUUCUUUUAGAUAUAUAAUAAUGCAAGUAAAAUACUAUCUCUUAAAUAUUCGUAAAGCAGAAGGCCAGCCAUAUAAUAAAAGGAAUAUAUAAAACGACAUAUAAAAGAAUAUAUGAAUUAUACAGUUGCAUAAGACUGACGCGAAGCUACCAUUUUAAUACGGUUCAGUUUCUAGUUUCCCUCUUCCUCCAUUAAAUGACUCUAAUGAGAACAUACAUUUUUCUAAAAUGCAUAUCUUUGCAAAGAAAUACAUAUCAGUGAUAUCGAGCCCUGUAAAGGGAGAGACAAACAAUUAGAAACUUCAUAAAAGUAUGUACUAAAAGUAAGUUAAGCGACGUGAGUGAGAGCAGCAAAUGAAACUCGCAUAAACGUAAAUAUUGCUAUUAAAAAAACGAAUCGAUAUAGAGCGUGAUAAUGAAUUCGAGCGUGGCAUAGAAGGCACGCUAGUUUACAAAGCCAUAAGUCUCGGGUUUGAUUCCCGACAGAACUCAAAACAAAUAUAUACGCUCGAUGUAUACAAGAGAGAAGAAGUAGGUCAGGGCUCUACAACAAAGACUAAAGAAAAAGACUAAAGAGCCAAAGAAAAAGGGCAGUAUAAUGAUGAACGACAAAAGAAAUUGCUAGGAGUUUCAAUACGAUUUCAUCGGUAGUGGCAUUUGAACGACGUAAAUUAGGAUCCUCGAUGAAUUCUUGUUCUGAAACAUAUUGAAACAGCUUCAGAAUGCUUUUGGACUUGCCCGUUCCAGAUGGUCCAGAAGCACAGCUUCACUUCCUUCCUCAACGUGGCCUCUGACUCUGUGAAUAGUCUUCAAUGUGAAUACAGAUUAAAUUUAACAUCACACAGGAGCGCGUGUAUAAUAUUUUCCUACUACGUAUAAAAGGUUGAUAUACUUACAUCAAAUACUUAGAUCUGUGUCACGCGUGCUUCUAGCUUGCUCUCGCAUUCACAUUAUUAAAAUGCGGAAAGUGGAGAUAGCUGUAUAUACAUGUGUAAACUCGUCGAUUAUUUAUUAGUGUAUAGUGUGUCGAUAUAGUGUAACAAAUGUAACGAAAUAUACAUUUACUACUCCUGCCUAAUUAUGAAACUGUACAGAAAAUUAUAAUUAGUGCUCUAGACUUGAUAUAUCAUUAAAAAGUUUGCUUUCGUGUCCUUUAUAUCAUGCGUUUGUCGAUAUUUAAUAUUUAAUAUAGACGCUAGUGAAUGAUAAUUUUACUUUAAAUGCUAAUCGAAAAUGUACAGCUGUAUAAAGGAAAUAAAUAGUGUACGACGUACGCAUUGCAAAAUUCGGAUUGCCCAAGAUUUAGGAAUAAGUUGCGGAGUAAAUGCAGGAAUGCUUGCUGUACUCGUGAAGUAUAGUUUACGAUAUAGCUAAUGCGCUGCGAAAACAUUAAUUUUAAUUAAAAACUUUGUACGGAAUCAUUUCUCAUUAUUUACCUGCAUUUAUCACAAUUACGAAAGCAAACCUGAUACAAGUUUACGUAGACGUAAAAAUUGUGAUGUAAAUAUAUAAGACAAUAACUGGCACCUUUGAAAAGGAGUACUUGGAAGUAUAAUACAGAUCUUUAGGAUGUAAUGACAAUGAUCACUGUAUUUUAUUAUACUAACAAGAACUUUGUACUUUUACAUUCAGUAUAUGUGAGAAAAAUAAACAUUUAUUAUCGUA